ACUAAAAAAUCAUUAACAACGUACAUACAUGUUAUCAAAAAUUAAAUAGGGAACUACAGCUGCCUUAGGGUCGAUUUAAUCUUUACGAGAGAUCGUGCGUUCUAUUUUACCACCGUUUUUAUACCUGGCAUUAUAUUGGUGACGUCAUCUUUUAUAACUUUCUGGCUAGAAUGGAAUGCAGUGCCUGCUAGAUCAAUGAUAGGAAAUUACAGUUGCCUGCAAGUCGAAAUGACAUUUACCCGUGAUCGUGCAUAUUAUUUUACAACCGUUUUUAUACCUGGCAUUAUAUUGGUCACCUCGUCGUUUAUCACAUUUUGGCUAGAGUGGAAUGCAGUACCAGCACGGGUUAUGAUCGGCGUGACAACAAUGUUGAAUUUCUUUACUACCUCGAAUGGUUUCCGCAGCACCUUGCCCGUUGUGUCAAAUUUGACGGCGAUGAAUGUAUGGGAUGGCGUUUGCAUGUGCUUUAUUUACGCCUCUUUACUGGAGUUCGUCUGUGUUAAUUAUGUGGGACGUAAACGACCACUACACAACGUCGUCUAUCGCCCCGGGGAAAAUCCCGUAACACAGGUAAAUUAAUAUUGAAACUCAAGAAAAAAGUGAAUGCCAAAAAGACGCCCUAAGGUGGUCUGAACUCAAUCUAUUAUGUACUUCGAGAAAAUAAUUAUCUAUUUUAC